AUGGAUAAACAGGAUGUGGAGAAAUUAAAUAAAUUGUUCGAGGAAAAGGGCGAGCUGAUGAGUAGAGUCGAAGGUGUAGAGGGGGUUAAAAGAAUAUGGAACCCCGAAAAGGGAAAUUUGGAACUUAAUUUGGAAAAAUAUAUGGUCUACGACUUUUUGUAUAGUUAUUGCUUCCCUUUCUUGGUCUACAAACAACGUAUUUUGACGAAUCAAACGCUGUUAAAUAAAAGUUUAGCUUUGAUUAACACAACCAUCGAAACAACACAACAAAAUUUUCCCGUUGUUAUCCAACAGUUUCAAAAGUAUCACGACGAUGUCCCAAAUGCAAUCAGAGGUAUGACUUAUAUGUUUAGUACUUUUGCACAAAGAGUCAGAAAACUCCAAGAAAGUGUCGAACAGUUAAGUCAGUUCAAUGACAAAAUGGUGGCUUAUGUCGACAACGAAAUCAAAAAGGAAAAUUUGAUUUUUCAACUUCGUGGGUAUCCAUUAGACGUGACUAACGAUGUGAUAUCUUCUGACCCAGCCUUCUUUUAA